AUGCCCAAGCCAUCAUCCACACCGCAUUUUGCCGAGAAUAAAUCAAACGUCAACAAUUUGAAGGCUGCAUUUGAUGCGCCAUAUUCUGAACAGAAGACCUCAUCAGCACCGAAUUUGGAUACAACAAGCGCAAAUCCAGGAUCUGGAGUGUCCUCUUCGAUUGCUGAACGUGUUGAAUUGCUGAGUCAGGUUAUUAGACAGUGGAAUUAUUGA